AUGGACCUCAAGCAAGUAAUCACUGCCAUUAAUGAUGAUACACUUUGGCAAAGAAGAGAACUUGAGUCAGCAGCAACUAAAUUAACAAAGAUUGUCAGCAAGAUGUUUUCCGAGCUGAAGAUUGUCGACAAGAUGUUCGUCGAACUGAAUAUUGUCAACAAGAUGUUUGUUGAGCUUAAGAUUAUCAGUAAGAUGUUCACCAAGCUGCAGAUUGUCGGCAAGACAUUCGUCAAGCUGGAGAUUGUCGACAAGACGUUCGUCUAG